AUGGAAGUCAUCGCACUCUGUAGUAAACUCUCUGGUGCUGUGAUACUGGAGAGUCCCGUCUAUCCUGCGGUGGAGGGAGAUGCUGUUACUCUGCACUGUAGAAACAGGAAGACUUCCUCAAAUUUCACAGCAGAAUUCUAUAAAGAUAACUUCUUCAUGGGCACCAGAUAUGAAGGAAAACUAGAAAUCCAAAAGGUUUUAAUGUCUCAUGAAGGAUUAUAUAAAUGCAAAAUACAUGGAGUUGGAGAAUCACCAGAGAGCUGGAUGGCUAUCAGAAGGAAAUCGAAUGCAGGGGAAGGGUUUAAUAUUUCAACCGAUUGGAAAGUGAGGAACGCCAGGGAAAUCAUUUCUCAAUGUUCAAAUGGCACUGCGACAAAGACCUGCAGGAUUGAUCAUGCCUCUGCUUCAGAUAGUGGAGAAUACUGGUGUGAGAGUGGGGCAGAGAGGAGCAAUGCUGUCAACAUCACUGUCUCAUCUGGUGGUGUGAUACUGGAGAGUCCUGUCCAUCCUGUGGGGGAGGGAGAUGCUGUUACUCUGCACUGUAGAAACAAGAUCACUUCCUCCAAUUUCACAGCAGAUUUCUACAAAGAUAGCAUCUUCAUCGGCACCGGAUAUGAAGGAAAACUAGAAAUCCCUGAUGUUUCAAAGUCUCAUGAAGGACUCUAUAAAUGCAGAAUACAUGGAGUUGGAGAAUCACCAGAGAGCUGGAUGGCUAUCAGAAGGAAAUCGAAUGCAGGGGAAGUAUCGCAUGAAGAAAUUGCUUUUUCACACAAUUUCUACAUCUUCCGGUGCACAGCUGUGACGGUUGGGUUGGCUCUGCAGCUGCUGGUGUUGGGACUACUUCAGUGGAAGCUGCAACUGGGUAUAUAA